AUGGUUGGCGGUGGUCGCGCUGUGGUCAAUGUUGAGCCUUUGCAUGAGGCUGCGACAGAAGGCGUUAACGAACUUCGGAUCCCUGUCAGUAAUGAUGCUUUUUGGGAACUCGUGGAGCUUCCACACAUGAUUAAUGAAUAUCUGGACCAGUCCUUCUGCUGUGACUGCGGUCAAGCAUGGAAUAAAAUGAGCGCAUUUGCUAAGCCGAUCCACCACGAGAUAGAUACUAUCAUGGCCUCUGACGGGUGGACAAGAGAGGACGUAACCCUCGACUGA